AUGCAUCUCCCUUCCACUCUCGCCCUCCUAGCCUCCUACUUCGGCCUCACCACCGCCCUCCACCUCCCCGACGGCGUCUGGGAAGGCACCAUCCUUUCCAACGGCACCUACUCCAUCAAAGCCGCCGACGCCCCCGACAGUGACUCCUUCCUCGUUGAGCCGACAACCAGCAGCACCCCAAAGAGGUCCGGGCCCAUCGCCAAGCGCUACGUCGGGUGCUUCGGCUACCAACUCGAUGCGAGCGGCGUCGACGCCGCCGUGGUGGGCUUGAAGAACUGGGCUGGCAGCGGCCACACGCUGACGAGCGGCGACAAGAACACGUUUUUGGCGGUGUCGGCCGAGGGCAUGAUUGUGUACUAUUGCAUUGAUGCGCCGCGGAGCAGUGGUAAUCUUGAUGUUGAUGAUGUCAACUAUGCGCUGGCGCAGAUGGAUGCUACUUGUCGGAGGUAUGAGGCGAGUUACUUCAAGUGGGAUGGGAGCGUGGAGAUUGUCGGCAAGGGACGCGCUGGAGACAAUGUCUGCGUUUGA